UUCCAGCAUGGCUAUCUGAGCCAUGAUGAAUGCUGCAGCCGAUACCACCGCAUGAAAACGGUCCUGGGAAAGACUACAUUCUAAUUGAGCGCCCGCGAUACGAAUUGCUGCACCCACUGGUGGCUUUCAGACGCACACCAGAUCAUACGAACUCGUGCUACCUUUUUGUGUAUACACCCUUCCAGGUGUGAACGAUGACAAACUUCGAGAAGUCAGUCAAAGGGGCUACCAAGAUCAAGCUUGCGGCCCCGAAAUCAAAAUAUAUUGAGCACAUCCUUAUUGCGACCCAUGGCGGCGAAGCGGGUGUCGCGGAGAUAUUCCGUACCCUUCAGUUUCGGUUUCAGGAUUCAACAUGGACAAUCGUAUUCAAGGCGCUUAUUGUCGUGCAUCUUAUGAUUCGGGAAGGCGAACUGGAUGCCACUCUGCAAUACCUGGCGGAAUUCCCCAACAAGCUCGCCAUCAGCACCUACUCAGAGGUACAAUCCCAGGGACACAAUAUCCGGAGGUAUUCAGAGUACCUUAUCGCGCGGGCCAGAGCAUUUGCCGACACGAAAGUCGAUCAUGUCCGCAGCGGACCGGGUCGACUGAAAAGGUUGACGGUUGAAAAGGGUCUACUCAGGGAGACGGAGAUUGUACAGAAGCAGAUACGCGCCUUAUUACGAUGUGAUCUCCUCACAGACGAGGUUGAAAACGAGAUUACUCUGACAGCAUUCCGUCUUCUCACCCUCGAUCUUCUUGUCUUAUACUCCGUAAUGAAUGAGGGCACUAUCAACGUAUUAGAGCAUUAUUUCGAGAUGUCACGGCCCGAUAGCGAACGCGCGCUGCAAAUAUAUAAGACGUUCACUUCGCAGACAGAAGAGGUCGUGAAAUUCCUCGGCGUGGCGAGACAUUUUGAAGCGGCUACCCGAUUGGAGAUUCCAAAGCUGAAACACGCCUCGACGGAUCUAACACGACUCCUCGAGGACGAUCUCAAUGACCCUGACUUUGAUCUCCGCCGCAAAGAAUAUUUAGCUCAGAAAGAGGCCAAGAAGGGUGGCCGUGGUGGUGCUUCUGCUCCAAGCAAAUCGACAGGAAGUACCUCCAGGGCUGGCACUUCCCAUUCAUCAUCUAAGCCGGAACCAGCUGCUCCAAAGCAGGAAAGCAAGGGUCCUCCUCCGGAUCUCAUUGACUUUUUCGAGUCCAUUGAACAGAACCAGCAGCCAAUGGCCCAGUCAGCCCCCAUGCAGCAGCCUAACUUCCAACAACCUCAGAUGCAAUUUCAGCAGACUGCGUUCCAGCCACAACCACCAGCGUUCUAUCCACAGCAAACGGGCUACGCGCAGCAGCCCCAACAGACUGGAUUUGGCCAACCACCUACAUUUGGGGGGCCGUUUGGACAGCCUAAUAAUACUAAUCCAUUUGGACAGCAGCAAGUACCGCAACCACUCCAGCCGACCCCAACUGGUGCAGGGUUUGGCGGCUACACUCCGCAGCCGCAGUCUUACAGCCUCCAACAUACUGGCCUCUCUAGCAUUCCUCAGAAUGGAAUUGCUAGCUUCCCUCAGCAGCAGCAGCAGCCGCCUCCGCAGCCGCUGCAACCGAUGCAGACAGGCAGGAAUCCAUUCCGCCAAUCCUCGUUAGUGGCCUCGCCGACGGGAAAUGCUGCUUUUGGCUCUCAAGCAUCUGCAACUUCGCUAAGCCGCCAAAACACCAAUCCUUUCGCCAGGCGGAUGUCUGUCAAUCCCCAACUCAGCGCUGCCAAUACCAGCCCGUUCACAUCUCCGCCUCAGUUUCAGCAAAAUCAGACGUUGCAGCAGCCGGCGACUCAGCCUUUUCAGCCUCUCCAGCCACAACGGACAGGCACGAAUCCUUUCUCCCGUCCGUCGACUGCUCCCCCACAGCAACAGCCAGGGUUGCAGCCUCCCGCAGCGGCACCUCUUCGUCCGAAUCCAACAGGCAGCACAAAUCCUUUCCGACAAAGCACUUUUGUCAAUCAGCAGACAGGUCAGGGUUGGCAUGUGAGCGGUCAGCAGGGAACGAUGGGUGGUCUCGAAAAUCUCGAUACAGUUCCAGUAUUCCCUCGCCCAGGCUUGACUUAAUAUCCUCAACAGUUCGAUGGAUGGUCAAGGACACAUGUGGUAUUUUUGGAAGCGCUAAAAGGAUAGGUUAAAUA